AUGGGUUCAGGUCAAGAAUUUGAUGAGGGUUGUUCCUGCAGAUUGAAUAAAUGGCGAUGCCGUGAAAAAACAAAGGGGUUUUUCUCAAAUGUGAAUAUGGGGAGUUUGGCUAAUUUGAACCGAGAAGAUAUGUAUGAGAUUACAAAGUUUGGUGCUGCUGAGAAUGAGCAAUUGGUAGGUGGUGUGUUGGUGAUUAGUAUUCAUGCUAAUUCUUAUACAAUGAAUAGAAGAGAUUUGUGGAAGGAUUUAUAUGGAAUAAGUUUGCUUGACAAAUCUUGGUUAAUAAUAGGUGAUUUUAACACUGUAUUAAAUACUAAUGAGAAAAAGGGUGGUAGGAGUCUUCUUACUUCUGCAAUGAGUGACUUUAACGAUUGUGUUGAUUCUUGUGGUUUAAUUCAGGCUCCUAAAAGUGGUCUGGUGUUCUCUUGGUGUAAUGGCAGAGUUGGGAAAAAAAUAAUUUUAUGUAACUUGGAUAGAGCACUUUUUAAUUUGAAAUGGCUAGAUACUUUUAGUGGUUGGCAUUAUCAUGUAGCUACCAGAGAGCUUUCUGAUCAUGGUCCCCUUAUUGGUUCUGAUACAGUUAUUGGAAGAGCUCUAAAUACUCCUUUCAGACUGAAAAAAGUCAUCAAGGUUUGGAACUGGGAAGUUUUUGGAAAUGUUCAAGAAAACCUAAAAAAAGCUGAAGACAAGGUUAUGGAAGAGACUAUUAAAUCAGACAUUGAUCCAACCAAUAUAUCUUUAUUAAACAAUUUGGUUACUUCUAGAGGUGAAUAUGAGAUGGCUGCUAAUAAUUACCAUACUUUUUUGAGAGAUAAAGCUAGAUUGAAUUGGAUCAAAGAUGGUGAUGUGAAUUCUAAGUUCUUACAUACUAGUAUAAAAAUGAGACAAGCUCAAAACACAAUUACUAAAUUGGAGAAUGAUUCUGGUGAUAUUAUAACUACUGAACAGGAAUGUCCUGAUAAAGAUGAAAUUAAAAAAGUUGUUUUUAAUUUGAAUGUUAAUGGUGCACCAGGUCCUGAUGGAUUCAUUGGAAUCUUCUAUAGAGCAGCUUGGGAUAUCAUCAGAGGUAAUUUAUUGGAUGUUGUUCAAUUCUGUUGGAAAAACAACAUAAUUCCAAGUGGUAUGAAUUCCAAUUUUCUUGUCUUGAUUCCUAAAAUGAAAGGAACUAAAACUGCUAAAAGCUUUAGACCAAUUGGUCUUAGCAAUUUCUGUUUUAAAAUCAUAACCAAGAUUAUUAUUGAGAGAUUGACUAGAUAUUUGCCAAAUCUUAUAUCUCAGCAGCAAUAUGCUUUUGUUAAAAAUAGGAACAUUCAUGAGCAAAUUUUGUUAGCUUCUGAGCUAGUAAAUGAAAUGUCAACAACUAUAAGAGGGGAUAAUGUAGAUCUCAAGCUAGAUAUAUCACAAGCUUAUGAUACUAUGAGCUGGGAAUUCUUAUACAGAGCCUUAAAAAAGUUUGGUUUUUCAGCUAAAUUCUGUAACUGGAUUAUGGUUCUUCUUCACUCAAGUAAACUGUCUAUUAUGCUUAAUGGUGGCCCAAUUGGUUUUUUGGAGUUGGUAGAGGCCUCAAAUAGGGAGACCCACUUUCUCCAAUUCUGUUUAUUCUUGCUCAAGAUGUUCUCAGUAGGAAAAUUCAUAAAUUAG